AAUCGCAUAACGUACUGUAGGGUGUAGCAACGUGCAAACUUCACAACAGAUAACAGACCUCGGCCACUGCGUGAUCAUCAUUAUCUCAAGUUAUAAUAAUACAUUUUCCGGACAGAAUUUUCACAACUACAGGCAAGUAUAAUGGCCCAGACCGACAUGGAUUCCGGGGAGGAUGGAGGCGGCGGCGGGGAGCCCGAGGUGAUCGCUAAAGCCAGUGUCUUGGGAGGUUUUACCGAGAGCACUGAGAUUCGAGCCCUGAUCUCCAGCCUACCAGUGGUUCACGAGAACAUCGUGACACUGGAGUCAGCCAUAGAGAGGUUCCUCGUGAUAAUGGACCGUUAUCAGGAGCAGCCCCAUCUUCUGGAUCCACAUCUGGAGUGGAUGUUGAACCUGCUGUUGGAGCUCAUCAGGAGUGAACAGUCUCCUCCUCUUCUGGUACACAUGGGCUUCAAAUUCCUCUACAUCAUCUCCAAGGUGAGAGGGUAUAAGAUCUUCAUGCAGCUCUUCCCCCAUGAGGUGGCUGACGUCCAGCCAGUCCUGGACCUCCUGUGUCGUCAGGACCCCAGAGACCCAGAGACCUGGGAGACCCGCUACAUGUUGCUGCUGUGGCUGUCCAUGACCUGUCUGAUACCCUUUGACCUCUCCCGUCUUGACGGUCACCUGAACUCUGACCCCAGCCAGACAAGAGAGCCAAUCAUGGACCGCAUCCUGGCUGUCGCCAAGUCUUACCUGAUGGUCACUGAUAAGUCCAGGGAUGCUGCAUCUGUGUUGGUAUCAAAGUUUGUAACACGUCCUGAUGUGAAGCUGAAGCGACUAGGAGACUUCCUGGACUGGAGUCUGACCACCAUCUCUCAGGCCAGUGACCAGACCAUGGGAGGUACUGUAAUCCUGGACGGGUCCCUGCAGUCUCUGGCCCAGCUAUUCAAGCAUGGCAAGAGAGAUGACUUUCUCCAGUACGCUCCGGUGGUGCUGCAGUGUCUGGACCAGUGUCACGUGGCAGAGAGCAGCCAGGCUAUGCUGAGGAAGCUGGCGGUCAAGCUGGUACAGAGACUGGGUCUGACCUUCCUCAAGCCCCGACUGGCCAAGUGGAGGUACCAGAGAGGGAGUCGCUCCCUGGCAGCCAACCUGUCUCUGUCCCAGUCUGGCUCCACAGUCGAGGCUGUUAGUCCAGACAUGGAGACCCAGAGCCAGGAGGAGGACUAUGAUAUCCCAGAGGAGGUGGAGAACGUCAUCGAGCAACUGUUGGGUGGGCUGAAGGACAAGGAGACCAUCGUGCGCUGGUCUGCUGCUAAGGGUAUUGGGCGGGUGACGGGGCGACUCCCCAGGGAGCUGGCUGACGAGGUGGUUGGAUCCGUGUUGGACUGCUUCAGUUUCCAGGAGACAGACAACGCGUGGCAUGGAGGCUGCUUGGCCCUGGCAGAGCUGGGGAGAAGAGGCCUGCUGGUGCCCUCUCGUCUCCCGGACGUGGUGCCUCUGAUCCUGAAGGCCUUGGUCUAUGAUGAAAAGAGAGGAGCGUGUAGCGUUGGUUCUAACGUACGAGAUGCGGCCUGCUACGUCUGCUGGGCCUUUGCCAGGGCCUACGAACCCACUGAGCUGAAGCCCUUCGUCACGCAGAUCGCCUGUGCUCUGGUGAUCACUGCUGUGUUCGACCGAAACGUCAACUGUCGUAGAGCUGCAUCAGCUGCCUUCCAGGAGAAUGUGGGAAGACAGGGCACGUUCCCCUACGGUAUCGACAUCGUAGUAGCAGCGGACUACUUUGCUGUUGGGAACCUGAACAACUGUUACCUGUCCAUCAGUGUUUACAUCGCCAGUUUCCCAGAAUACACCAGGCCCAUGAUCGACCACUUGGUAGCCAUGAAGAUCAACCACUGGGACGGGUAAGGGCCUUUCCUGUCCUCAAAGGCUUUGCACAAUCUGACGCCUCAAGCACCUGAUUAUAUGGCCACAACAGUUAUGCCUCAGCUGCUGCCCAUAGCGCUGGGCAUUGAUCUCCACAGUCGCCACGGCGCCAUUCUGGCAUCUGCCGAGAUCAGCCACGCCCUCUACAAGCUGGCCAAUCAGAACAACAGACCGGUGACAGAGCUCAUCUCUUCAGACUGUGUGGAUGGACUCAAGAGCAUUCACCAGAGGCUAUUUGACCGAAAGCAGUACAGGGGUUUUGGUGGUGAGCUGAUGAGGCCUGCAGUCUGUUCUCUCAUUGUUGUUGUGUGUCCUGUCUGCACUGGCUGGCAGUGGCUGAUAGACGACACCUUGAAGAGCCUCCACCUCAUCUCACCUGGACCAAGGGACGGUAUCAAGGAGGCUGCAGUGUCAGCCCUGGCAGCUCUGUGUGAACAGUACUACCAGCCCCAGCCAGGCGUGGCUGACCCGCAGAUGCAGGAGGUCCUGGUGUCCCAGUAUAUAGCAGGGUUAAAGAGUACAGAGGUAUUGACCCGAUGUGGCAGUGCACUGGCCCUGGGUUCUCUACCAAGGUUCAUGAUCCAUGGAAAACUACACCUGAUCCUGUCAGGUCUUCAGCAGAGCUGUAUCCUCUCCAGGGUGAGAGAGGCAGCCAUUACCAGCCUGAUGGAGGUGACUCUGUGUGUGGUGGGCACUGCUCCACAACUACUCUCACCAGGCCUGGUGAAUGGUAUGAUGUGUAGCUUGGCCCAGCAGUCAGCAGAGAAGAUCGACCGCUACAGAGCCCAUGCUGGAUCAGUGUUCGUCAGGCUCCUCCAUAGUAACAACCCUGCAGUACCUCACAUCCCCCACCGAGAGGAGCUGCUCGCCAUCUUCCCUACUGAAGGGGCAGAGGGUCUGAACUGGAACGCUCCGUCUCAGGCCUUCCCCCACAUCACCCAGCUGCUCAGACUGCCCCAAUACCAGUACCACACACUGCUGGGGUUGACUGUGUCUGUAGGAGGACUGACUGAGUCUACGGUGCGUUUCUCCUCCCAGUCUCUGUUUGACCACCUGAUGCUGAUUCAGCAGGAUACAGCAGCGCUGGGACAGUUUAGUGAAGCACUGCUACACGUCUUCAGAGACAACCUGAGAAAUGACAGGGUGUCUAUCCCCUUCCUGAAGAUGCUGGACCAGAUGCUGGCUAGAGCCUGUUUUGACACCUUCACUACAGACCAGGAUCAUCAGUUCUGUGUGGACUUGUUGUCUCUCUGUAAGGAAGAGAUUAAGAAGUCCAAGGACACUCAGAAGCUCCGCUCCGCCAUCGCUGUGUUCUGUGGUCUGAUCCAGUUCCAGGGAGAGGUCCGUAAGAAGGUUCUGUUCCAGCUGCUGCUGCUCCUCUGUCACCCCUUCCCUGUGAUCAGGAAGACCACAGCCAGCCAGGUGUACGAGAUGCUGCUGACCUACGACGACGUCAUCGAACCUGACGUGAUGGAUGAUGUCAUGACGUCGCUGAGUGACACCAACUGGGAGGAGGACGUCGCCACGGUGAGGACCCACAGAAACCAGCUCUGUGAUUGGCUAGGAGUACAGAAGCCCCAGCUCGUUGCCAAGGGUUCUGUCCAGUAGGCCCGGGGGAAACUAUUCUCAGUAGGAACUGAAGAACUGUAGCACAGGAUCCUUCAGGAUGGCAUUCUGUGUGACGCAUCACAAAGUACAGCCGCACUUCUAAAAGGUCACAGCCUUCAGUGAUGUUCCAAGACCCACACACUUUGCUGCACUACAUUCUAAUUGGUGUGCUAGUAUGGUCAUGAAAUGUAUGGUCGUCUGGGAUUCGUCUGUCUGUCUCUGUGUCUGUCGACUGAAAAAGUUUUUAAAAAGAACAAAAACAAUCUGUCAAUAAACAAACAGAAACUGCAUCAUGA